GCACGUACCAAACUUUCAAUUUACCUUCGUGUGUUUUUGAAUAUUUAGAUCGAAAAUGUUCGCAAAAUCGGCGGCACGUUCAAAUCUCUAUCUACGUCACAACCGCCGCGCUACUUUUGUCGGCAAAAGUAUAAAGGGAGCCGACACUUUGAUUUGCCGCUUUUUCGUUGACCAUUUGAUUAAGUGAUCGCAUCGCGAGAAGUUGAUUAUUUGUUGAUUGUUCAUAAUAAUUAUCGACGAAAUGGGUGAGCCAGGCAAGUGUAUGACGCGGAAACUCCUCGACUUGAUGCAGGAGACGGGCUACCCGCUGGUGCAGCACAACGGCCAGAGGAAGUUCGGGCCGCCGCAGGACUGGAGCGGCCCUCCACCGCCCAAAGGCUGCGAAGUCUUCAUCGGUAAGCUUCCUCGAGAAAUCUUUGAAGAUGAGCUCGUCCCCAUAUUCUCGAAAAUAGGCAAAAUAUACGAAAUGCGACUGAUGAUGGACUUCUCCGGUUCCAAUCGUGGCUACGCUUUCGUGACGUACAUGACGAAAGGCGAUGCCUGUAGAGCGGUAAAGGAGCUGAACGGCUACGAGAUACGCCCGCGGCGUCACAUCGGCGUCGUUAAGUCUGUGGACAACUGUCGCCUAUUUGUCGGCAACAUUCCGAAGACGAAGACUAAAGAGGAAGUUCUCGGGGAGCUUUCCAAGCGCGUGGCUGGGAUUGUGGAUCUAAUUCUUUACAAGAACUGUUACGACAAGAGGUUGAACCGCGGGUUCGCGUUCGUAGAGUUCACCUCGCAUCGCGCAGCGGCUAUGGCGCGGCGAGCGCUGGUUCCUGGCUGCGUAAAAAUCUGGGACCAAGAAGUGAUGGUGGACUGGGCCGAGCCUGAACCCGACAUUGACGACGAGCAGAUGCAAAAGGUAAAGGUGCUCUAUGUACGAAACUUUCAAAUCAGCACUACACCAGAGACCAUACAGGCUGUAUUUGAAAUGGCCAUCAACAAUAAAGUUGAGCGGGUUAAGAAGAUUUAUGACUAUGCCUUUGUUCAUUUCUACCAUCGUGAGCAUGCAGAACUGGCUAUGAAGAAGUUACAGAAUGCUGAAAUUGAUGGUAGUGUGGUGGAGAUCAGGUGGUCCAAGCCGGUCAUUCGUGAAAUAUACCAGAUUCAGAAAAUGAACAGAGGCAAUGCAAAGUUCAAUAACAGUUUCAACCUGGCUCAAACACUCAUGCUGUACAAGCAGCAGUUUGACAAAAAGAAGUUUAGUGCUUCUCCAAAAGAAGAUGAAGGUAUAGGGUCGGCAUAUGCAGGUGAAUCAUCCUGUGGGUCUCCAGAGAGGAACUCCUCGGGCUACCCAUACUGUGCUAAAGAACAGACACCAUUGGCUCCAGCUAAGCUUGAUUCAAUGUGCAAAAGAUACAUGUGGGCGCCGCCCAUCUAUAGCUACCAGAAGUACAGUGACCCCAGCAACUCUGAAAUGUGGAUAGGAAGGGUAGAACUGCCUCAUGUGGGGGUGCCUCUGCUGAGUGUGCCCAAACACAUAGGUCCCCUGGUUACAAGGCCCUGCCCUACUGUGCAGCAAGCUCAAGUUGAAGCUGCUGAAAGUGCACUGCAAGUAAUAAAGUUGCUGAAAGCAGACUUCAUCCAGCAAUCGAUGCCGCCGCCGCCACCUCUGCAGCCUGUGUACCCAACAAUCAUGUCUCCAAUGCCAAGCUGUGUUAACAUUCCCUAUGACUACAUGAACCCACCAACCACAGCAUUAUACCCGCCGCGGCCACAAGUACUUCCACUCCCCAUGCCCCUUUGGCAUAAUGUUUGAUUAAAUUAUUA